AUGGCUGGCGGCAUUGCGGUGUUCGCCAAUCUCGUUGUCGUCCACCUCUUCCACCUGCCAUCUCCACCCCAAACCGCCGUCGACAGCUGCCACAUCUUGAGCGCUAGCAUCUGCGCCUAUACCCUCCGGGAUCCAUACACUGUUGCCUUGACGAUCUGGUCGAUGCUGCAGCUUCUCUGGAUCGGCAUGCUGGUCGUCGUCCAAUCCCUGCAAAUCGCUAAGAACAUGACUACGUACGAGAACAUGAAGCGGCACAGCCACAAUGAGAACCCACAUUUACCGCUCCACCGCCCCAACAACACCAUCACACAAGGCCACGCCCACGACACAUCCGGCAUCAACGACGUCGCUGCAUCCUCCACCCGCCUCCAACCCACGCCCCACCGGCACGCGGAGGGUUGCUGGACGAAGCUGAAGCGCACGAUCGGCCUGGACGUGUUCUUGGCUACUGCCUCGGAUGCAGGAACCGGAAAGAUGAAGAGCCUGGACCGGGGCAAUCCGUUCAGCAGGGGCUUGAUUGGGAAUUGUCGGGAUUUCUGGUGUGAUCCUGCUCCCGUGUUUGGGCGGCGAGUGAACGGUGAGGCGUAUCUGGGAGGUGAGGUGGUCGAUUAUAGCAGAUUGUAUGAUGUGCCGGUGCGGCUGAGGAGAGGGGCGGGUGGGAUGCGGUAUGAGAGUUUGGCUGGUGAUGAGGAGGAUGUGUGA